AGAAACACAAGCUAACAGCAGUGAAGUCAGACUCAUUUUCACUCUGACAGUUUAACUGACGUGUUGUUUGUUUUGGUGCUGAAGUUGUUUUUUCAUCGUUUUUUUCUCUUUUUGGAGGAUUUUUGCAUUUGGGAUUUUACUGGUCGCAGUGGCCCUGGUCCUGGUGGUGCCGGUCCCCGUUGUGCUGCUCCUGGUGUUGCUGGGGGUUCUGGUCUGGCAUGGAGCGCCGUCAGAGUCUGGAGGACCAGCUCAGGUGUCCCGUCUGUCUGGAUGUCUUCACUGAACCACUGAUGUUACAAUGUGGACACUCCUACUGCAAGUGUUGUGUGCGCUCCAUGACAAUGGACCUGCUGGGUCAGCUGCAGUGUCCUGUGUGUCGCUGUGCUGUAGACGGAGACAGUCCUCCUCCCAACGUCAGUUUAGCUCGAAUCAUUGAGGCUCUGCAGGAAGUGAGUGUGUCAGGUGGAGCUCAGCCAGAGUCGUGUCCUCAGCAUCACAACCCGCUCAGCCUUUACUGCGAGGAUGAACGAAUGGUGAUCUGUGGUCUCUGUGGAAGCAUCGGUGCUCACCGUGGACACAAAAUCACACCUGUGAGCUCCGUCUACAGUCACAUGAAGGAGGACAUUUCCUGUCUGAUGACAGAGUUGCAGCAUCAAAAACGUAAACUGGAGGAUCAGAUCUGUAAAAUGGCACACAACAAAUCCAGGAUCACUAAUGAGUCUGACGUCCUGAAGUGGGUGGUGAGGAAGGAGUUUGGUGAACUGCGGCGCUGCCUGGAGGUGGAGGAGGUGGGGUUCAUGCAGCAGGUGGAGACAUCAGCGGCUGUCCUCAUCUCGUCCCUCCAAGACCAGACAGACAAGUUAAACCAGAACCUAAACCGGCUGCAGGAGGCCCAUAACACCCUGCAGGGCCUGAGCAAUGAGGGACAUCUGGGCUUCAUCAUGAAAUAUGGAUCAAUUGCUCCGAGGUUCAGGGAGAUUCAGGAGCUCCAGCAGAGGCAGGAGAAAAUCUUCAGCUCUCUGACCUUCAAACCAGGUUUCAACCACAACGACAUUAAACUGACGGUGUGGAAACGAUUACAGCGAAAAGUCCUGCCAGCACCAGAGCUGUUGAAACUGGAUCCUCAAACUGCUCACCCGAUGUUGGAGCUCCAUCGUGGGGACACAGUAGUGGCCUGGGGGGCUGUGCUGCGGAGGCUUCCGGAUAAUCCAGAGAGGUUCAGUUACAGCUACUGUGUCCUGGCCAACCGGGGCUUUUCCUCCGGCAAACACUACUGGGAGGUGGAGGUGGGCAACAAACCUAAAUGGCGUCUGGGAUUGAUCAAAGGAACAACCAAUCGGAAGACCAAACUGGUGAAGAAUCCAGAGAGUGGAGUGUGGUUGAUUGGACUGAAGGACGGGGUUUAUGAAGCCUUCACUUCACCCAGGGUGGUCCUGCCAGUGUUGUGUCCCCCCCGCCGGGUGGGGCUCUUCCUGGACUAUGAGGGCAGAGGUCUAACCUUUUAUAACAUUGACAGUCCUGACGAGCUGGGCUUCAUCUACAGCUUCAGGCUCGGGGUGCAGGGAAAAGUUUACCCCCUGCUGGAUGUCUGCUGGCAUGACCGAGGAGACAACAAACACCCCCUGGUCCUUCCCCAGCCUCACACAGAGUGAGCCCUCCUUUAUGAAACAGGUUUAUCAUGUUCUCUGACUCUUCAGUCAUUCUUUACUCUGUGAUCUAAAGCUCAGACAACCGUCUCAUGACGGGAAGGUUGUUGCUUAAAUUCCCCACAGCAGGGUGAAUCUAGCUGGUUUAAAUAGUGGAGGCUAUAGUAGUAUAUACUAGUACAGUAGUAUAUACUAGUAUUGUAGUAUAUGCUAGUAUAGUAGUAAACGACCAUCAACAGAUUCAACAGUUUGUUUUGUUUUAAUUAAGAAGGCUUGUCUGCUGCUCAGGAAAUAAACUUAACUUAAAUCAUCAUCAUGAUGUUGUGUUAGGGUUAGAGUGGAUUUCCU